AUGGGGCUUCUGGAGCCGGAGGAGGAGCGCUCCUGGGCUCACGCUCGGUUCCGGCUCUCGACCGUCUUCUCGGCGACGAUGAUCAUCACCGGCUUCUGUUUCGCCGUCGGCCUUCUGUUCGCUUCCAGGGACAUGAAGGUGCCUAGAGACAACUAUUUGGACGACUUCUACGCGUUCCGCAGGCAGUUCACCAACUCGAGCGUCAUUUAUAUCGAUGAGGUUGGUGUAGGCCGUUCAAACAUCAAAUAUCCCUUUAAGACCUUUUUUUGCACACAUUUAUAAAUUAGACGGUAUUACUAUGGAAUUGGUAGUUUUGAUGAACCCGACCUCAUUCAAACUUUAAGAUUUGGCGUGCAAAAUGACCUGCCUGAAAAGUGGCCAGGUUUUUUUGGAGAUACCAUUAGGAAAUUCCGAUUUUCAGUCCCUAUAGGGGCAACUUUAGGGGCUCCCUCCAGGGACCGCUUCACCAACGCCUAUUGGGACCACUAGAGCUUACAAAAGAGGUCCCUAUAGGGGUUUUAGUGGCUCCUAUGGGGGUCAUGCUAGUAGAUGAUCUCUAAGCAAAGACGCAUUUCCAUGGGAAAACUGAAUAAAUGCGUUUUUGAAUGAAAUUAGAAGACCCAUAUAGGGUCCACUUGAGCUUUAAGGGCCCAGGGUUAACCCCUAUAGGGACCAUCUCGAUUUUUACCCUAUAGGGGCCAUUUUUUCAGCCCCUGUAGGGGCCACUCUGUAAUUCCUAAGUUAUUUUAGGUCCUCGCCGCGACGAAUGACUGGUCCCACCCCCUGAAUCCGAUCUACAAGAAGAACCAUAUCCGCUACACCUUCGGCUCAUCCUUCUGGAACUAUUGCUACGUUUUACCUGUUGUUUUUCCUAGUACCAGGAAGGAAUUUUCAGCUGAAACCGUACCCGACAGGUGUUCACCUACCGUCGCUGCUCCGCGUCAUGGCCGUCUGCGCCGAGGCGCAAGUUUGCUUCAGAACUGCCGUCCUUCUUGCUAUCGGCAUCCGGGUGGGUUUAUAGUCCGUGAACUGUCUGCGCUUUCCAUCAUUUUUUGAUCAUCGAUGAACAUUUCCAGUAGAGUUCUCAAAACCGAACGUUCAAAAAAAUGACCGUUUGAAAAAUGAACUUUUUUUCAUUUUUCGAUAGUUUAGGAUAUAUCAUUUUCAAACGUUCAACCAAAAAAAGUUCGAAAAAUCGUUUUCUUAUAAUAAUGAACGUUUGCUUUUCACAUAAAAACGGACGUUCGUUUUUUUGAACGAACUUUUUACGAACGAAAAAAAUGAACGUUCAUUUUUGAACGAACUUUUUAAAAAUGAAAAAAAUGAACGUUCAUUUUUGAACGAACUUUUUGGAAAUGAAAAAUGAACGUUCGUUUUUUUGAACGAACUUUUUACGAACGAAAAAAAUGAACGUUCAUUUUUGAACGAACUUUUUAAAAAUGAAAAAAUGAACGUUCAUUUUUGAACGAACUUUUUGGAAAUGAAAAAAAUGAACGUUCGUUUUUUUGAACGAACUUUUUACGAACGAAAAAUGAACGUUCAUUUUUGAACGAACUUUUUAAAAAUGAAAAAAAUGAACGUUCAUUUUUUUGAACGAACUUUUUGGAAAUGAAAAAAAUGAACGUUCAUUUUUUUGAACGAACUUUUUGAAAUGAAAAAAAUGAACGUUCAUUUUUUUGAACGAACUUUUUAAAAUGAAAAAUGAACGUUCAUUUUUUUGAACGAACUUUUUGGAAAUGAAAAAAAUGAACGUUCAUUUUUGAACGAACUUUUUGGAAAAUGAAAAAAAUGAACGUUCAUUUUUUUGAACGAACUUUUUUUAAAAAUGAAAAAUGAACGUUCAUUUUUUUGAACGAACUUUCUGAAAAAUGAAAAAAUGAACGUUCGUUUUUUUGAACGAACUUUUUACGAACGAAAAAAAUGAACGUUCAUUUUUUUGAACGAACUUUUUUUAAAAUGAAAAAUGAACGUUCAUUUUUUUGAACGAACUUUUUGGAAAUGAAAAAAAUGAACGUUCAUUUUUGAACGAACUUUUUGGAAAUGAAAAAAUGAACGUUCAUUUUUGAACGAACUUUUUAAAAUGAAAAAAAUGAACGUUCAUUUUUGAACGAACUUUCUGAAAAUGAAAAAAAUGAACGUUCAUUUUUUUGAACGAACUUUUUACGAACGGAAAAAUGAACGUUCAUUUUGGUUGAACGUUCAAAAGCAAACUUGAACCAAAAGUUUGGUUUCAACAUUUGUUCGAAAAAUGUUUGGUCGAACGUUCGUUCGAACGUUUGGUUUUGAGAACUCUAAUUUCCAGGCUUUUUGCGUCCUAUGCCGUUGUAUGGAGAUCCAAAAAACCUCAACCUCAAGUUUGUUGGCUCACAACGCCUGGCGUCUUUUCACCACCGUCGCAUUUUUCUCUGAAAUCGCCGCUUCCACCUUCGCCAUGCUCGUCUCGUGUCUUCACAAGGAGAACGACUACACGUCAAGUGGGGGAGAUACAAUAACUAGCUUUUAAACAAUGAAGAGAAAAAAAUCAAUAUUUAUUCUUCCUUAGUUUGUUGGAAAGUACGCUCUGACGAACAAUCUAUUGCUCCGACUCUUGCUCAGACUUUCUCGGACAUCGGUAACGUAAACCGGACGUUUCUGAGUGAAUCUAGGGUUCACUUGAAAGAGCUGACGCCACUUAAGUGGUCACUGGAAAUGAUAUGACAAUUCCGAUUCACGUUACCAAUUUCCCAGUUAGUUACCACUUAAGAGUACUGAUGCUACUAAAGUGGUCCCUAGAAAUGCUCAGAAACUUCCGGGCCGUGUCUCGUUCGCGUUACCAUUAUCCGAAUCAGUAACACGAACUGGAGGCGUCCCGGUUGUGUCUCAGCAGUCCUAGGGACCACUUAAGAGUACUGAGGCUACUAAAGUGGUACCUAGAAAUGCUCAGGAACGUGUGGGGCUUGUGCGGUUUGCAUUCCGAAUGGCUCUUCAAACCUGCGAAAAAAAAAAAUUUAGAGCCAGUUUUUGAAUCCUGAAAAGCUUAGAAUGAACUAGUUUCUCUGGCUUUUGUACCUGGCUUCUCCGAAUCUUGUCUAAUUUUUUUGAAACUUCCCAAAAAAAAGAUAAAACGAACCUUUUGACGCGAACUGGUUCUGCUUUUAGAACCGAGUUUUCUUAUACCUCUUCGUAAUUGUGGCGGAGUUUCAAGACGUUUAAACAAGAUUCAAGUUUGAAAGAGCAAUUUUUGAAAAGCCUUAAGUAACUCCAUCCUUGAUGAACCGAAAAUUGCGAAUUACAGUGGGAUUCCUCAUGGAGAUGGCUCCGGUCGGUUUUGCCGUCUGUUGGGUCAUCAGUUCAGUACUUUUCUCGGUUCUAGAGAUGCUCGAUCGGAGUAAAGAGGUUUCUAAACGAAGGUCAUCAUGUUCAAAGAAAGUGUUCAGUGGAGCACGUGUUGGUUCCGAACCAGAGCCCUCUGUAUCAUCGCCUUUUGCGCCUGUUUCCGGACCGUCUACGCGAAUUAUCUGCCUCAGCUCGCGACGAAGUCUUGUCAUACUCAUGGUUGGUUCAGGGAUCUUAUUUGUCUCCCUGAAAAUUCAGAAAAAUUAUCAAAACAAAUUGAAGAGUUCAUUCCUAUAGGUCUUUGUCUGUUGUAGUUGGGAGUUAAAAUGUUUUUCGAUUUGGAGUUCAGAGAUUGAAAAAUAAGUAUUGAUUAGUUAAAAAAAUAAAUGGUCGGCUUAAAAACGAAAUUUUUAAGUAUUGUUUUUCGAACCUCGGUAACAUUAUUCGGACGCGCUCUGGACGUUUAUGAGCGUUUCUAGUGUUCACUUUAGAGUUUUAAGACACUAAAGCAGUCUCGGACUUCGGUAACGCAAACCGGGCGUUUCUGAGCACUUCUAGUGAUCACUUAAGAGCUCUUAAGCCGCUAAAGGGAUCACUAAAGUGGUCGGUUUAUACUGAUAGGAUUUCAGACCUUCUAGUCAUCUUUUAAGGUCUAGUAACCUUUUUAAAACUAGUAACCCUUUUCAAAUCCUUAAGCCUCUAAAGAAAUCACUAGAAAUGAUCUGUUUGCGGUACCGAGGCCUCAAAUAUAAGAAUAUCCGAAUUAUCGUAACUUCCUUCAGUGCCGGUCGGCGUGGCGGCCUGCGAGUACGUUUGCAUCGCGGCAGUCGCCGUGUUCAGCUACACCCAAGGCGAAGACUUCCGGAACAUCGAGAUGUCGCUGUCCUGCGAACUGGCCGAGACCCAGCUUCAGCCAUUCGUCUUCGUUUUCGCCCCAGCUUUCCGCAACUACACCUCCCUCCCAGAAACCAAACUGAAACACAAGAUUUCCAUCGUUUCAGCAUAG